AUGAAUGCCUAUUUUUCGCCCCUGCCCCGCUUACAAUUUGAAGUUGAAGACAUGAAUGGGAGAAGUGAACUGGCUGAAUCGUUCGGUCUUUCCCAGGUACCUGGCACAAACUACCCGGUGCCCAAAUCCUCCCGGUAUCCAGAACACGGUUUUGGCAAUUCCAGGGUUCCUUUCGAAAUACUAUCCCAUAUAUUCGAUUCAUUACCUCUAGAACCGUCUACCUUUUCCCUUCAAUCAAUACCGUGGACUCUCUCUCGUGUUUGCAGGUUUUGGCGCACCGUUGCAUUUGGGACACCUUCCCUAUGGACCUCAAUCUACAUCGACACCGAAGAGCUCACUUUUCGGGCGAACGAAGAAUCCAUCCAAAUGUUAUGUGCUGUCAUCGAUAACUCCAAGAAUCGGCCGCUCGACGUUACGUUUCGGAUAAAGGCUGAUCCAUUUCCAUUCAACCCCCCGAGUCGACAGCAAAUCCUCUUCGACAUGGUACGAUCUCAACGGCAUCGCUGGCGCUCACUCACCUUGUACUUACCCCUUGCUCUAACCCCCCAAUGGACACAACUAUCACCGAUAUUUGAACUCCCCAGCUCCAGUAAACCGCCAGUUUGGGAAUACGAAAUGCUCGAAUCUAUCCAGAUAUCUGGUACGAACAGGUGCCCAGAUUACCUUUGGCUUCUAGCUCUUCAUUGUGCUCCGGCCUUGAAAAGAGCAACCCUUUCUUCAAUUGACCGACUCUCUCAAGUGACAUCCCGUCCCGUAGUACCGUGGAAUCAGCUUCUCCAUCUCGAUAUUUCAUCCCUACAUGCAAAACAUAUCCCAGAAUUCGAACUUCUCUUGCUUCUAUCGCAGUGUACUUCCAUACAAACGCUCGUCGUGAGAAACACUCGAGUGGAUUCAUCCACAUUUACUGGAGCUCUAAGCUUCAGUCCUAUCCCUCUACAAAUCCCAAGUCUUCAUACCCUCGAGAUUCAUAUCCCUCCCGGACACCACGAUCUUUUCGCAAGGACUUACACUGACCAGUGGUUGACAUCCCGGUUGGUGUUGCCUGAGCUACAAACGCUCAUCCUCCGUAACGUACGUUGGGACAUGGAUAGUGACCUCUCCUGGGUGGUGGAUGUGCUUAAAAAGUCCGAAUGCACGUUACGGACACUUUCGAUCGCGGGAAUUGACUUGGCGGAUGUGACAAUCGGGAGGUUGUUACGCUCUCGCGGGGUGAGAAAGGUGACGGAAUUGACGUUGGAGGGACAUCCAGGCGGGUAUUUGUUCAAUUGUAUCACGGGUGACCAGAGAUUGCUUCCUGAUUUGGAAGUGUUGCGUGUCUGUAUGGCUCAUACAGACAGAGGGGGACAGAGGGUGAUAUUAGCUCCUCCUAUUCGAAGUAUACUCAACCUGGUACAGUCGAGGAAACGGGGUUUGAAGGUUGUGAAUCUGGAGUUGUUUUGGCAUGCGCAUGAUAAUGGGGUGGCCCAGAGACUUCGAGAGUUGGGGAAUGUGAGUGUACGACGACUCGAAUAUAAAUUCGAGACACCAAGUUUACUACGGGACGAGAUGUGGACCGUUCGUCAGCUUGGAGGAAUAUUCCAGAAAAUUCUGGUUCUCUCGCACCCUUUGUGGAAUCACAGGGUUAUGCUGUUCGACAACAUGCCCGCCAUUGGCCAUCUGUUGAAUGAGCUCGAACGCCUCUUACAGUCCAUUGUCUUAACGGACUUCACGGAUGCAGAACUGACGUGUGUUGAAGAAGUUCAUUGUACCCUGCAGAAUCUUGCUUCGAGCAGGAUAACCCUCCCUCGAGAUGUUGAAUGCAAGAUAUCAGACCUGGCUAAGAGUCUUUUGGAGAGAUUUCCUCGCCCUUCCGGUGAAAACCGGGUGGUCGGGAGAGAAAAUGAAAAGCAACGCCGAGGUUUGCUCACUUUCCUCCAGAAAAGAUGGCGAGCGGCCAUUUGUAGCCGAUAA